AUGAAUAACAACUUUUAUUCCUCCUCCUCGCUGACGCCAGAAGAAACCCAGCGGCGGCUGGCGAUGCAACAGAAUGGGCAACAGGAUCAAAACCACGGCCAAAAUGUGAUGGCUGGUACGGGGAACAUGGGAGAUCUGGACCUAACGAGUCCUCUAUCGACGACCAUGGAAGACUUGCCCAUGCCUGAAGGCGAGUCGCUGGACGACAUCAUCAACCAGAAUAAUCGGGAGUUACAACGGAGGCGGAGCGUCCCGCAUCCGUUUCCGAGCCAGCUAUCGCCGCCGGAGGUUGACCGUCGCCUAUCGAUGAUGGAUUUCACCAACGCCGCCGGUAGUAUCCCGGGGUUCUCCUAUGUCUAUCCUGACAGUGCGACCUUGCCGAAUACCUCUGGUCAAUUCCCGCAGCCGGGCCUCAUUGGGAUGUCUAGCCAGCCAGGGUUUGGCACGGUCUCCCCGGCUACGAUGAGGUUAGACCCCCUCUUCCCGGAUCUGGACAUGGGGUCAAUGGGCGCGGAUCCAGCUUCUAUAGGCUUCUUCGACCCGUCCGGCCUAAACGCUCCUUUUCCGUCCAGCAAUCUCGGCGGCGUUAAUCCAAACUUUGCCAUGGACAUGGGCAUGGAUGAUACCAUUAUCGACGCGCCUGGUGCGAACUCGAUCGCCGGGUUCGCGUUGGGGGGAGACGGUUCCAUGUUGCAUGGAACCGGUGAGACGUUCGACGCCACGUCCGUUCCCCAGGAGAACUCUAACCUCCUGACAGCUCCACAAAUGCGUCAGCCCCAACCCAACGCGCCAUACCCCGAACCGCGCGAGGCAUCGAUCUCGCCAUCGGUCCCCGCAUCGUUCCACUCGCCGGCAUCAGGCACUUCUCGGACCAUGUCCCACUCGAGUGCCGGUCAGCCGAACGUUCCCGUGACGCCAGCUUCGACCGCACGAACUAACUCCGGUCCGGCUCGCCCUGCCGGCGUCGGAACACGCAAUCCCAAGAAGGACAUCUACUCAAAAAGUGGAUUUGACAUGGUUCGAGCCUUGGCCUACGUCGCGAACAGGAAGAACCCCACGGUCGAGAUCGGUGCUGUCGACUUCUCGUGCGCCUUUGUCGUGACGGACGUGACGCUCAACGACUGCCCCAUCAUUUACGUGUCGGACAAUUUCCAGAACCUCACCGGGUACAACCGGCACGAGAUCGUUGGCAAGAACUGCCGCUUUCUGCAAAGCCCGAGCGGUGUUGUCGAAGCAGGAUCAAGACGCGAGUUCGUGGCGAAUGACGCCGUCUUCAAGCUCAAGAAUGCCGUCGCCGAAGGAAAAGAGAUACAGCAGAGCCUGAUCAACUACCGCAAAGGGGGCAAGCCGUUCUUGAACUUGCUGACCAUGAUCCCUAUCCCCUGGGAAACUGACGAGAUCAAGUACUGCAUCGGCUUUCAGAUUGACUUGGUUGAGUGUCCCCAAGCCAUCUCCGGCCAGGAAGCUGGCGGGGUGCAAGUUGUUAAUUACUUACACAACGACAUCGGGCAAUACAAUUGGGCGCCCCCGAACACGACCCAGUGGGAGCCGGAAAGCGGCCAGACCCUCGGCGUUGACGACGUGUCCUCCCUCAUUCAACAAUACAGGCCCAAGGCUACUCCCUCGGAUUGGCAAAGACAGUCCUGGGACAAGAUGCUCCUUGAAAACGCCGACGACGUGAUUCACGUGCUUUCUCUCAAGGGACUCUUCCUCUACCUUUCGCCGGCUUGCAAAAAGACGCUCGAGUACGAACCCUCCGAGCUAGUCGGAACCUCCCUCUCGUCCAUCUGCCACCCCUCCGACAUUGUCCCCGUCACGCGCGAACUCAAGGACGCGCAGCAAAACCUGUCCGUCAACAUCGCCUUCCGCAUCCGCCGCAAGCACUUGGGCUACACCUGGUUCGAGUGCCACGGCACGCUCUUUUGCGAGCCGCAGGCCAAGGCGCGGAAGUACAUCAUCCUCACCGGCCGCAAGCGGCCCGUCUUCUCGCUCCACCGCCGCGACGUCGCCCUGCACUCGGCCGUCGGCCUGGGCGGCGACAGCGAGAUCUGGUCCAAGAUCUCCGCGUCGGGCAUGUUCCUCUUUGUCUCGUCCAGCGCCAAGUCGCUGCUCGACCUCGCGCCGCGCGACCUCCAGGGCACCAGCAUGCAGGAGCUCCUGCGCAAGGAAUCGCGCAGCGAGUUUGGGCGCACCAUCGAGAAGGCUAGGAAGGGCGCCGCCGCCACCCUCAAGCACGAUAUCCUUCAUAAGAGGGGCCAGCUGGUUGCCGCAGAGACGACCUUCUACCCCGGAUGCGGCACGGGCUCUUCCGCAGAGAGCCGAACAUCAAGCUUUUUGAUGGCGCAGACGAGGAUCUUGAAGGGGGCUGGGAGGGUGAUUGCUGGGGGUAAGGGGGGUCCCAGCGGGAUUAUGAUGAUGGGUGGCGGUGGUGGUAAUGGCGGCGAGGAUGCGAUGACGGGUGUGGUCCUCGGUUCCCCAGCGGCGCCGAUAAUGGCGGGAUCGCACCCGGACUCAUCGGAUGAGGAUGAUGUUGAGGGGGACGUGUUUCCCGAGCUCAAGACGACGCGAUGCACGUCCUGGCAAUACGAGCUCAGGCAGAUGGAGAAGGUCAAUAGGCUGCUGGCGGAGGAGCUCACGCAGCUAAUGAACAACAAGAAGAAGCGGAAGCGGAGAAAGGGCGGCGGCACUGGGCACGUCAUGGUUACUAACGAAAAGAACAAGAUGGGCAAGGUCACGCCUAGGAACACCUCCCGCGGCAACAACGACGCCAACGCCAACAACAAGCGAGGAAGCAGCAGCACCGCAAGCACAGCAUCCCCCGCGGCGGGGUCACCUUUGCGAAGGGAGGUGUCAACCGAUUCCCCCAGCGUUGGCAGUUUCGGUGAGGGAGGCGGCAACGGCAGCAACGGCGGCAGUGGCAGUAGUGGCAGUAGCGGCAGUGGUGGCAACAGCCUGGGGAUGGUAUCUAUUCAAGAGGAGUAA